UAUAUUUGGAUUUAUUUUCAUUGUCGCCUCACCUACGGAAUUAAUUUUUCUAGUUCCUUAAUGAAAAGUCCUGUCACCCAUUUCUAGAUAAUGUGGCAGUCAACUUGAUGAUCAAGACAGCCGUUAUUAUUUAAUCAAAGGAGAUCACUCGAAUUUCUCAUUUGCAUGGCAACGGCUAUCGUUUGAAACGUUUGGAAUUUGAGAUAUUUCGCCAUCGAGUGGGAAAUCCUGAAAUAAUUCUCUUUAAUUCAUUAUCGUCGAAUAGGACAACGGUUCUUAGUUGAAGCGGUCUGUUGCAAUUCGGGGCGGAGGGGAGGAGGUGCGAUAACGGUUUUCCAUGCAGGUUAAGGAACCAGGCGACGUCUACCUAGAACCAUCCAUUUCUGGAAACCGCCCCCAACACCAAGGAGCCAUAUAAAACCAUACCGCCCUAAACGAAGGGAAUUCAGUUCUGCAACAGUCGCCCUGCAAGAAUGAAGUUCUUCGUCUUCCUGUCACUUCUCGCUGCAGCAACGCUCGUUGCUUCCCUGCCAUUGGGUGGCGAAGCCACGAAUUCGUUGUCGGAUGGCGCAGUGUAUCGAGAGGAUGGCGAGGCUGCCAGUGAAGUUACGAGGAUGAAGAAGCAUCUCCAUACGUAUAAGACUAAGUCGGAUAGCUCGAGUAUUAGUCUGCAAACGCCGUUGACCAACAUUGCCAUCCAAAAAUCCAGGGUCAGAACUCGGCCUUUGCAUUUGCAUCAACCCCUACGCCAUCUUAUACGCGAUAGGGCUGAAUAUCUACACAGCAUGUCGUUUGGCAACGAAGAUGCCGCUGCAGCAACCAACGCAGAAACCGCGUCAGCAGCCAAUGGAGGAACCACAGCAGCAGCUAACGCAAAUUUCAUUGCAGUAGCCAACGCAAAUGCCAUUGCGAACGCAGGUAGCCGGAUCCUGGUGAACGGUGUGCCCUUAUAUCCAGGUCAAGUAAUCUUCCUGGGUAGUUCCUGUCCGAUUUUUGGGACGUCAGCCUUUGAAACUUUAGGCAACAGUGUUAAUGUUGGAGGUCCUUCUGGAUUCUAUACAAAGACUGGCGUGACAGCAACCGCUGAAGGCAGUAAUAACGGAAAAAACACCGUUGCUGAAGGACAUAGUCAAUCAGCAUCGAGGGUGGCCGGAACUGAAAGUGCCUCUAAAUCUUAUACCAGGACUAGCGCGACAGCAACCGCUGAAGGCAGUAAUAAUGGAAAAAACACCGUUGCUGAAGGACAUAGUCAAUCAGGAUCGAGGGUGGCCGGAACUGAAAGUGCCUCUGAAUCUUAUACCAGGACUAGCGCGACAGCAACCGCUGAAGGCAGUAGUUAUGGUAAAAACACCGUUGCUGAAGGACAUAGUCAAUCAGGAUCGAGUUUUCAAGAAUUUGGAUUCUUUUCUGGAGCCAAAGUUGAUACGAGCGCUAAUGCUGAUGUCUUUUCUAGACCUGGCAUUGGUCGUACAGGAUUAGGCUUUGGCAGUCAAAGAACAGGAUUGACUGAAGCUAACGCCAAGUCUAACGCCAUAGCCAUCACUGGAAACAAUGGAUUCGGUGGUAACGGCGUUGCUGGAGAGUAG